AUGAUAACCCUUUUCAGUAAUCUGGUUAACACUGUAAUUCAAUUUCGUAGUGUAUCAGCAAGCUUUUAUAGAAAAGCAGAUGGUAUUCUUUUGGUCUAUGACUGUACUUCAGAAUUUUCCUUUAUGAGUACUAGAGACUGGAUUACGAUUAUAGAAGAGAACGCUGGUAAACAAAUACCUAUUGCUAUAAUUGGUAAUAAGAAGGAUUUAAAAGAGCAAAAGGAGUGGCAAGGGAAUAAAUGUGUUAGCUAUGCAACAGGUGGUAAAUUAGCAAGAGAGAUUGGAGCAUUGUUCUUUGAAACAAGUGCAUUAACAGGAGAAAAUGUGAAUGAAUGCGUAGAAGCACUAGCCAGGCUGUUAUGUGCUCAAGAAGACUACAACUUGCGAUGUCCACAGUUGAAGCUAACAAACGAUAAUCCACGGCCAACAAAUUCAAAAUGCUGUGUACGAUAAGAACAGAGAUUAUUUAAAAAACUGAUUAAUUUGAAAAAUGUAACCUACAAAUAUCACACUUAUGUUUCUUUUAUUUUUAAACUCAAUUAGAAAACGUGCAUACUUUCAUUUCCAAUAAAAAUCAUACCUG